GUUCAUCCUAUGUUUCUUGUUCUUUUUUUUUUUGGCUCUGUUUUUAGUUUUCUGUGAAUAUUAUUAGGAUUCUAAGGAAUACUGGGAUCUGUACCUGUUUCUUCUUUGCUCAUUUGUCUGUUUUUAUCUGAUUCUUAGGAUUCUCUUACAUCUUUUGUGCUCAUUUGUCUACAUCUGUCCAAUUCUUCACAUUUUUCCUCUGUCGGGGGAGUUUCUGUUUCGCUGUCUACAAACCAAAAUUUGUAGCAUUUUCCCUUGUUUUCUUCUUUUGGGGACGAAACAAUUUCUAAUAUGAAUGAGGAUAGACAAAUGGAGCUACACUACCUCGAUGGCGGCGGCUUCCCUUACACAGUUACUGAGAGUUUCAUGGAUUUCUUUGAAGGGCUUCACCAACAUCAAGUGCCUGCUUAUGCCAAUGCCGUGCCAUUGCUCGAUCAGGGGAAUGCAUAUUGGUCAAUGAAUAUGCAAUGUUACAAAUUUGGAGCAUCCGAUCACGGGAACACGUAUUACGACCCUUUGGAGGAAAGUCGACAUUUGCCUCCUUCGGUUGAUGUUGGUGAAAGGGAAUGGGAGUAUCCUUCGACGGUGAAUGUCGAUGUUCCUGAACCGACGUAUGCACCAUCGGUCGAGGAGGAUGUUGUAGAUACUCAUUCUAUGCCAGAAGAAUGUGAUAUAAGUCAUCAGGAGGAGACCAGUACUUCUCAAGCUAUAUGGCAAGACGAGAUUGAUCCUGACCACAUGACCUAUGAGGAACUGUUGGACUUGGGUGAAUCGGUUGGAACCGAAAGUCGGGGUCUUUCCGAAGAACAAAUAAGCUUGCUUCCGACUGCACGAUGCAAGUUAACGAGCUUUUUCUCGAGAAAAAAGCCAGAUGAAAGAUGUGUGAUCUGCCAAAUGAGGUACAAGAGAGGGGAGAAGCAAAUAAAAUUACCUUGCAAGCAUUUUUACCACAACAAAUGCAUAACCAAAUGGCUGACCAUCAACAAAAUUUGUCCAAUCUGCAACAUCGAGGUGUUCGGAGACGAAAGCACGGAUGCGUCGGGCGGGCAGUGAUAACGGACACUAGAUUUUGGAAGCUCUAACAUUUUGCACACCUUCCCUCUUCAUCUUUUCCCAGUUUUGCCUUCUUCUCACCAUUUUGUACAUCUCUACUUAACUAAGUUAAUUAAGUACUCUUAUAACUUC